AUGGCAGAAGAAGAAGCACAUACAGUGAGCAAACUACGCAUGGACGCAAAUGCCGAGGCAAAUGCUGAAGCAGCCCGUCGUUAUGGAACCGUCCCAUUCCGAGACAAAUUAUUCCCCCAGGAAUCAAAACAUCGUACAUACUUCGACUCCGCCGAGUUUGCUCUAAACUCCGUCCACAGACCUUCAGAAGUCUGUCAUAAUGAUAUUGGAACUAAGCACCCAGAAUUUGGUCAUAUAUCUCAACCGUUUUGUGCUGUACCUGGUUCUAGUAAUGUUUCCCAGCAUGCGAAUGAUGGGUUUCACACUGCCGGGAAUGGUUAUCACAGGUGUGAUAGCCAUCUACACGAGGACGAUGCGGAUGGAUACAAGGGUUUGGUUGACUUGAAAUGA